CAUAAUUGGAAAGCAAACAAAGAAAAAACGAACAAACCACCACCGCAAGAAAAUGGCACACGCACUCAUCCUCGGCGCCUCGGGAAUCUCAGGCUGGUCCCUCCUCAACCAGGCCCGGACCUACCCCACGCCCACGACCUUCGCCCGCAUCACCGGCACCACGAACCGCCCUCUGACCCUCGAGCAGGCGCGGCUGCCUGCGGAUGACCCGCGCCUGGCCCUCGUGUCCGGGAUCGACUUCACGAAGAGCGUGGACGAGGUCGCGGCGGCGCUGAGGGACAAGAUCCCCGACGUCGAGACUGUUUCUCACGUCUUCUACACGGCAUACAUCAACGCGGACGAAUCCAAGGGCCAAGCGGCAGCCAACAUCGACCUCCUGUCCGUCGCGAUCAAGGCCAUCGAAAAGGUGUCGCCGCGCCUCGCCUUCGUCGUCCUGCAGACGGGCGGAAAGGGCCCGCGGAUCCCGCGGCCGUGGGCCGACGAGGUAUUUUACUACGCGCAGCACGACCUGCUGCGGGACCUGUCGCGGGGGAAAGACUGGACGUUUUCCGAGAUCCGGCCGGAUGUGAUUGUCGGGUUCGCGCCGACGUCGAACGCGAUGAAUAUGGCGAGGGGCAUCGGGAUCUAUUUGUCUGUGUGGCGGCAUGUUUUUGGUAUCGGGGCCGGGAGUGGGGGGUCUGGAGGCCGAGUGGAGGUGCCGUUCCCGGGGUCGUUGCAGAGUUACCGCGCCACGCACACGGAUACCAGCCAGGACGUCCUCUCCAAGAUGGAGAUUUUCGCGGCGGUGGUGAAUCCCGGAGGGUGCGGCGGGGGAAGAGCGUUUAACGUCGCGGAUGGCGGGGCGGCGACUUCGUGGUCGGGGGUGUGGCCUCGGUUGUGCGAGUGGUUCGGUCUCGUCGGGGUGGCGCCGCCUCCGUCGCCCGACGCCGGUACGAGUCCCGCGUCCGGAUCUACUACCCCGCCGCCGCCGCCGCCGUCGAUGAAGGACUUUAUCGCGAAACACGACGACGCGUGGGUUGCGCUGGCGCGGGAGCACGGGCUAGAUGAGAGCGCUGCUAGGCAGUACAACUGGGAUAUCCUGCAUGUGAUGCUGGUGGAGUGCGACUUUGACCGCGAGUACGAUCUCACGCGGGCGCGCGAGGUCGGGUUCCAGGAGGAGGUUGAUACGGUGGAGGGGUAUUUUGUUGCCUGGGAGCGAAUGAGGAGUGCGAAGCAGUUGCCGACGGUCUAAAGAGUAGGUAGGUAUGCUGCAUGAAGAGGUGGACGUGGAGUGCGUGGUCGUGUUGAGUCGACGGGCUGCUUGGAGGGAGACAGGGGGAUUUGAUGGGAGAUACCGGAUUGCAAGCGGC